AUGGCCACCCCCAAUCACGUUCAACCGUCCUCGGCUGAUGGGUCCGAGUUUGGAUCAUUCUACCAACCCUCCGAGAACGGGGAUCCGUUCUCCGUUCCCAUGGACCAAGAUCCGGAGCAUUGGCCGCCCAUCCAAGAGGUGGUGCGGCAUGAUCAGGAUGAGCCUGAGAAUCCCCCAGCUGCGGAUAUUCUGCGACUCUAUUCAACACUCUGGGAGUCAUAUAGUAUGAAACAGGCUGAAUUUCACCACCUGAAGAAGGAAAACGACAUGCUCCGCGCGGCGAACCUUCACUUGUGUCAACAAAUGCAGAUUUCAGAUCGUCAGUUUGCGAGUCAACAAGCCCUGCUGGCCCAUUCCGAACAAGGAUUUGGGAGUUUUCGGAAGGGAGUAAGAGCACUGCUCGAAGGUUGGGAUGGCUGUCCUAAGUCGAAAUAA